GAACUUUGAUGUUAACCAGAGUGGGUACACCUGUUGGAUUUCAGUCCCCGCAAGCCAUGCAACAUGCAAUCCUACAUUUGUGUGAAGUCACUUGUACGUUUAGAUGUCUACAAGAAGGCUGGAAUUGUACGUAGACCAAAACAGCGGGAAGGCUGGGAAUUGAAGAAGUGGGAGACAUGGAAGUGUAUGCUUGGCAAGGAUGCGGAUGUGCGGAGCCAGAUCCACAAAUUUGAGCAUGACUUACUUAAUAAGCAAUAUAACAUUGCAGAACAUGUACUCACGGAACUCAAUCAGCUGUUGCAGCGCAAACCAGAUAAUCCAGAUCAGCCAUUGUCUGUCCGGAGGCUUAAUUGGGUGGAGCAGAAUCGGGAGCAGCAGAAGUUAAUGGCUCGUUUAAGUAAGAUAAAACACAUGAUUAAGGUACAGUGUGACAGUGUGCUUGCAUUUAUUGAUGCACUAACACUAUUUACUAUUGUUGGUGAAAUAUGCCAUAUUUGACAAAGUUGUCUUCCGUAUAGGUCGAAGCAGG